AUGUCAUUCGGUAUGAAUUCGAAAGAUUUAAAAGUGAUUGGAAAAAAAUCACGUGAUGAUGAGAAGGAUCACAUAAAUCCGUUACUCCCCACGAUAGCGGGAAUAAUCGAAAGUGGUAAAGAACUUACUCUCGGAGACAUUCAACGUAAAAUAGAUAUGAAUUCGUCAAAGAAAAUAACGACAGACGACGUUUUGGACGCCAUCAAAUGCGGUAUUAAAUGGGGGGUUUUCGUAUUGAAAAGAGAAUUCACGGUGAGUAAAGAAUUGACGACGAAAGAAUUGAAAAAAAUGAAAUUUUUCGGGGAUCAACUCGGUACGACGGGUAGAAAAGUCAGAGAAUUUGCGAUGGGUUUGAGCAACAAGCAAAAUAAAAACGUCAUCGAUUACGUUAAAAAUCAACGGGAAAAAAGGAAAGAAAAAUUAAGGAGGAAAAAAAACAAUAGGUGUAAGAAAAGUUUAGAAAAAGAUUUGGUUAGAAACGUAUCGUCGGAAAAUUCCACGCUGAAUAAUUCCAUUCAGUCUUUUUCGUCCGAACGAACCAUGCCAUCCAAACAGGGCGGUGGAAAAAAGGCGGGAGCGGCCGCAGCAGCAGCAGCGGCUGCGGCGGCGGCGGGUGGAAGAGGAACGGGAACGGACGAUAAAAAAGAUGAUGGAAAAGGAGAGAAAAAGGAAAAAUCAAGAUUGCUCGUUGAAAAAAAUCCACUAGAAACGGAACCGCCAUACUACGACAUAUUCACAUGA